AUGGGUACGAAUAAUCAAAAUAGUUAUCAAUCAACAUCUGAUGGGACUUCCGAUUGUAUUGAUAUUGAUGCAGUCGAACACAAAAAGAUGAUACUACCAACGAAUAUUUGUAUAUCUUGUGUGAAAAGUCAUCGAGCAGUUGCUUUUGUACCUUGUGCACAUUAUGUAACAUGUCUAUCAUGUGGACAUGGUAUGAGAAAAUGUCCCAUCUGUCGAGAACC